GGGGAGGGGAACAUUGAAUAUUCCGCUAAUGGUCGAAUAAAUCAGCAUUAAGGGGUGGGCGAACUUGUGCGGGCAACAGGUGGCGAAUUGGUGACCGAUGGAGGUCCGUUGAUUUUUCUGCUUUUUCAAUGUUUUUCAUCGUGCGACGCCAACGACUCGGAAAAACGAUUGCAUCGAUCGCGCGCCCGACGUUCCGAAUGGCUAGGUUUUACGUGGAAACGAAUCGAGAGCUUGGAAGAUGGGAAAGAUGGCUCGCGUUCCAUUAACGGGAAUUUUUAAGUGCGAAAACGAAGACUGUAAAAUUAUAGGGGAGAGGAAAGAGAAAGAGAGUAUCCGGUGUUUCUCGCUGUUUGCGCGAACGGAAUAAAAUCGUUCCCGCAAAAGAAGUCACAGCGCUGACAAGAGUGUAUUUCGUCCCUUUUACGGCCGCGUUCUCCUUGUUCCGCGCUUCUCUCUCACGUUGGACUUGCUCCGCUUCUACGGCGUGGAACACCGCUAUUAUUUCCGCCUGUACCAUCGCGAAUCUCUGCUAGCCGCUUUUAUUGUCUGGCUCGCGACACACGACAAACCGUUAAAACAAUGCCCGGUCUACCCGCAUAUAAAUCGAACCACCGACCGCCUACUCCGCGGAAAACGCUUCCACGAACGUGUUCCGCGUUGAAAGAAGUGGGUUAUUCUUUAUCCGAUUCAGCCGUUUACUUUUUAAGCUGCCCGCUCGUAAUGCUAGCCUACAUAUCUGCUAGCCAUUUAAAGCGUCGCAACGUGUUGCGUGUGAUGCGGAGGCUUAGAGAGAGAGAAAGAGAAAGAGAAAAAAUCGCAAAUGAAAAAGAAAAAGUUUCGGUAUGAAUCAUUCUAGGUUAAGAAUUCGAAGAUACGUUGAAACCGGCUAGUAUUAUAUAUAGAGGUACGUGUACUAAAGAAUUAUAAACAGUCGUUUAGAAUAGAAAAAAAGAAAAAUAUAUUCGAGAGUGAGCGCACUGUGAAUAGGACAGUGUACAAGAGCGACGCGAUAUAACGUUUACCGUUACUUGGCCCGAACAACACUCGUUACAGCAAGGAUGGAACCAUCGAAUGCUUCGAGUUGUGGUUCUCUGUGUGUUAACUCGCUUUCGGUUCAUUGGAAAAAUCGAGAGAACAGCCACGGCACUGUCACAGCUGGUAAAGUUGUUUUCUUUCGAUCGUGUUUGCAAUUACGAUGACUAAUUGCACUUGUUGUCACGCGUUACAGAUUUACAUUUAUAUUCGCGACACACCACACGUGCAAAUAAAUUUCAUUAUUCUAAUGAAAUUCCUAGCACGACCUCGCUUGUAAUCAGUUGAUAUAAAUUUCAUUUUUUUUUCAUAUGGAGUGCUUUUAAAUCUAGAAAUUUGCAUAAUAUUUACAUAUAUUCGUAAGAUAACUUCAAUUUUCGAAAUUUAAAUUUGGUAAUCGUUAUCGAACAGAUUUGUUAAUGUCUGAAUGACAUCUGGCGUUAUUCUCCGUACAUCUUGCACGUUAUCGAACGAAAGCAUGGUAAUUUGAUCCAAACGUUAAGUAGAUACGGUCGGUAAAGUGGAGUGAACCGUUGCUAACGCAGAACGUUACCAAAUGAGUAAUGGCAAUUCCUGUCGGUAAAAUAAAUCUGUAGAUAGUACAGUUUCCUGUCAAAUAUCUUAACACGCACCUGCAAUAAUACGAUAUCGAUACGAACACCUGAUGAAUGUUUGUUAACAUUCUCGGUGACUACGACUCGUCGUUAUUUAUCGUAUAUUUACAAUUGUAAUCGUACCAGUUCUUUUUUUAUGAGAUUUUAUAGUUUAAAACGAAUCAUUGCGUUCAAGAGUUAGAUAGACGUUUAAAAUUAGCUGACCGAUUCGUAGCUCGCGAAAAGGAACUUUCUUUGUCCGUUACGUAAAAAGGCUUAUAUACUCUGGCUUCGUUUCGACAAGUGAACGUUUGUUGUGAAACUAGAAAAUAUUUAGAUUUUAAUUUUUUAUCGCCAUUUAACUCGAUCGCGUAAAAAUUUAACUUUACCUUUAUCUCUGGCAUCCUUUCACAACAAAGAUAUUAUUAUUUCUCAAAACUUUUUAAAAGUUUUAAUUUUUUCUUUUAAUUAAAAAAAUGUACACCGUAACUUUAUUCGAAGUUCAAUAAUUCAAAAAUUCUAAUAAAUCUCGCGUUCUCGUAAUUAUUUAAGAAUCGAUCCAUAAUUGACGGAUGAUUUAUCGCAUAUUCAAGCAAGGCAUUUAUAAUCGAGCUUGGCACGAGUCCGUAAGCCAGUUUGGUAUUUGCGUGGCAUUUAUUCUACUGCGUUUUGCUCUCGUCACGAAAUACCAGCAAGGCCGGCGGCGAAUCCUUACAAAUCCUCGCGAAGGAUUGCCGUACCGUUAACUUAUUCGAUGAAUAAAAUCUCCACCUCUUUGUUUAUCCAAUAAAACUGCUCGCGUAUCGAAAUACUCGCUCUUAUUUACGAAAACAAGGAUCCUCGUCGAAAACAUUGCUCCCCCGAAUUUCUACUUUCCAUCGUGCUUUCCCUCGAAAAUUCUAUCGUCAUCGAAACCGCAUUUUACGAAGGCAUUGCACGACUCGUCAUUGCGACAAAAUAUUCCGCAAAAUUCACGCUGGUCUCGACGACGUACCGAGAUUACGGAAUCACGAUCGCGAUUCGUAAUCCGGAACGAUCACGAGACUUCCUAUUGAAACAUUUGUUACUGCAAAAGGAGAAGGGGGGAGGGGAAAAGAAAAAAGACAAAAAACGAAAAAAAAUAUUGAAUCGAUUUGGUCGUGGAAAGGAUCAAAGCGACGAAAAAGAAAUGAUUAGGAUAGGUCAGUGACGACAAAGGAGAAGAAAAUAAAAAAUGUAACGGCCGAGCAUCCUGAAUCGAAUCACGUUUCUUCGAAGAUAAGACCGUUUGCUUUCUAAACAUCGGUGGUUGAAGCAACGUGGAAAGACCGAUCCUCUGCUACGUUUUCUGCAGUGUCGAAACGUUUUGUCAGAACGAAGUGAAUGUCUAGGUAAGAGGACAGACCGAAUGGAAGUGGGAGCUUUCGUGUCGCGGUUCGGCUGGAAGCGAACAGCUGGCGAGCUGGCAAGAUUGGUAGCACCGUUACCGCGUUCGCUUGUUCGAUUCCUCCUCGUAGAUCAAUCUCCUCGAUCGUACAUCGUCCCUCUUUUUCUCUUGUCAGGGGUCAUUAGUCCUCAGUGGCGUACACAUUUUACCUCGCGUACGAGACUAUCCUUUCUUUUUUUUUUUUUUUGUAUAUUACGGACUUGAUUAUCAUAUACUCGACAUUCGGACGCGAAAUAAAUACUGCCGAUACGAAAAUAUGAAAAUAAUUUUAUUCGGUAUACGUAAAUACGUACGACGAUAAUUACUUUUUUUUACUAAUAUACAAUUUUUCACGAUGCACUCGAAUAUAAUUCAUACAUAAAAAUUCGAAAUCUAACUGUAUUCGCGCGUAAAAAUUUAACAAUAGAAUCGAUCAAUUAUCAAUAACAACGAUCGAGGAAAAAAAGAAAAAAAAAUGUAAUUCGAACGUAAUCGUGGAAACAAGGAUUCGUGCUGUGGUGCCCGAUCGCGCGAUUACGUCCCUGUCACCUGUGCUACCUCCACGACCGGCAUUACCACUUCUUCUCGCCGAAAGUCACCGAGCCGAGGAGGAAGAGUCGCCGCCGCGAGCGGCCAGUACGAAACGACGUGUUUUCCGCGCGCGACACGCGUAUAUUUUUCUCUUUUUCUUUUUCUCCUCCCUCCCCCCCUCUCUUCGAUCCCUUCUGGGUCGAAGCGAAGGGCUUCCCUCGCCUAGUUCGCUACGAUCGAUCGUGGCGACACGAAGGUCGAGGCGGCUUCAGUUGGAAAGCGGCGCUUCUACGCGAUGGUGAACCGGAUUCGCGACCACGUUGGCCCCAUCGCCAAGCCCGAUGUAGUUUUUCCAUUGUGAUCGCUGGUCCAAUCACACGAUCACUGGAAAUAUCGCGAUAAAUAUUCUCGGUGGUGGAUCCCGGUGGUGCAUAUAUGAUAGCUUCGUUCUUGUUUCCGUGUAUUUUCAUCAGAUUUUCGAUAAUGGUAUUAUUUUUGCGAGAAGAAGUUUGCGGUAAGAGGACAAGUGUAAAGGCGUAAAUUCCACGUAAGAUUCCACGUAAGAAGAAAGUUUUGAUAUCUCUUUGAAGAUAAUCUUCCCUCGCCUGCUCCACGAUUAUCAAACCGUUUCGAUAAGUUCUGUUUUCCUCGUUUAUUUUGCACGCUGCCAAUCGGUUUCUUUAUCGACCGAUAAAGAAAAAAAAAACGAAAAAAAAGAACAAAAACAAACAAAUCCAUUAAUCUUGGCUCGAUUGGAAAAACGAGAAUUAUAGGGAAAUCUUGUUCGCGAAUUCGAAUUCGAAGUCUCGACCUCCUCAAUCCCAUCUCUCGCGAACCGAACCACGAACGUACCGCCGUUUCCUACCCACCGAUUCAAUGGCCGUUUUAGAAAGCGGAAUAGGUGAUUCGGGAUAGAGACAAUUCGCGAUUGUAUUCCGAGUGUUAUCCGGGUGUAGUCGAACGUUGCAUCCCGCGUGCAGGGGUCAGGAACAGGAGCCAAGUAGAGGGGUGCAACGCGUUUGGCAAUCAGAGCGCAUCGAUCGGUUAAUUCCAGAGCCGGAUAAACGACUCUCGGUGUCGGUACGAGCCGACGAUGGAAAUUAGCAUGCCUCCACGACCACAUUCGUCGUUACUUCCUUUUCCUUCGCUUCAGUAAACGUACGCGCUCGAUGGAACGAGCCGCAAUGUUGCCUCUCUUUUUUUUUUUUUUAUAUUUUGUAACAGUAGAUACGCGAGUUUUUUUUUUUUCUCUCACUCUUUCUCUUCCUCUUCCUCUUCCUUCCUCCCCCCUCUGUUUGAGCGAACGUUUCGUAUCAUUCCAUGUCAUCUCGUUUUUCGAUUUUUCGACGAGGAAGACAAUCGUGAUCGUAAUAGGAGGAUCUCGCCCCAUUUCGUUAUUUUUGUCGGGUUGAAGCUCGUCGGUUCCGUGGAAGGAGAACGAGACGUUCGAUCAUAGGCGAAACGUGUCGUUGACUUCACGGUGUAUACUCGGGCUCCGCUUGCCUCGUCCAGUCGCGAUUUAAAUAUUUAUAAGAGCGCGGAACACGGAUUCGCUUUACGGGUCGUUCGUAUGAAACGAUACGUUCGCUCCAAUUCUUCUUCUUUUCGCGAUAUCUUUGGAAUCGCAAAAAAAAAAAAAAAAAGAAAAAAGAAAAAGAAAACGUACGAGUUCGACCGAGUGGAAUUAUACAUUCGUUACGCGUAAAAAGAGAACUUCGAAAAAGAAUGUUCAUCGAUCAUCGUGAAUAGGAGAUUGAAAUAUUUCGUGAAAGGCUGGAUCCGGUCGUUUGAAGAGAUGUAAUGAAAGGUAUAGGAUGUCGAAAAGCGAAGAAAUAAACCAUCUCGUUAACGAACGAUGUAGAGAAAGAGAGAAAGAAAUUCGUGGCUGUUUCGCCGAAUCGAAAAAAACUGUUUUCCUUCUGCGCGUUGAAAGUGACUUUGUAUGUACGUUUCGCUGGACUUCUCGCGUCUAGCGAAAAACGAGACGACCGCCGCUCGGGCAACAGACUGAAAUAUAAAACUGGUUGUACGAUUUUUCGUCGCGUAUCUCACGUUACCCGUUGCGUCGAUCCUCGUCGAUCGAUCUUUCCAUUCUUUUCGAUUCACUUUCCCGUGACGAGCUACGGAUGCCUAUUCAACGAGAUCACAUCCGAAAAAAAUUCGAUAACGAAUUUUUCCGUCACCGGCGAUAAUCGUUCGAACGAAAAUAAAUCAUUUCUUUGAUCGAUCGCGAUCGAUUUAUCGUAUGCGUUUACGAUAAACGGAAGUUUUUACGAUAAAUUACAUUAUUAUCGGUACAGUAUCGCGCGUGAAAUCGAUCGUUAACGUCCGUACUUACUUUUAAUGCCCUUCUUCUCGCGUCUGAUAGGUGAAACGAUAUAUAUUUACGAAAUAAUUGUUCUUGAUACAUAUAUUCGUUUUAAUCGAGCAUUAAAUGUCGUUUUCUUUCCAUAAUACGCGGAGGGGCUCGACGCUGAAGAAAUCGAUGCCUCUUCUCGUCUCGGAGAGAAUCUGAGACGACUUUUCGAAAAAAAAAAUUAUUCUCUUUCCCUGGCCAAUCAAAAAUUUCCCAUCGUCUCGCGAUUCCAUUGGGAAUCGAGGUUGAGGAGAAAAAGUUGGAUUUAUUUUCUUCGGAUCAAAGAUUGUUGCGGUCUUGGUAAUUGAUCUUUGCCUCUUCCCCUGUAUCAAAGAUUUCUGCGGUAAAGAAAAUUAAGUUUCAAGUUCGAGCAGGAGGGAAGAAGCUCGCUUCGAGGAUCGAAGCCUCGGGCGCGUUAGAGGGGAAACGGAAGAGGAAGAGGGGAGGUCGAAAAAAAAGAAAGAAAAAGAAAAAAGAGUCCGGCGCGCAAUUAGCCGGUCGGUGUGACGAAACCGCUUCUCGUCUCGGCUCGGCUCGGCCUCGUGAGAACUAGGCGAGCCUCGAGUCGUAUUCCGCGCGCGUGUCACUACACGCCGGGCGAGUUCUCUUUCGCUCGAAACGAGUUCUUGAGGACGCGCUCGCGGCGUGACGGAGGUCGCGAGAAGAAAGGGAAGAAAACCACGGUGCAACCGGUAAUCGCUCGCGGAUAAGUGCCGGUUGCUCCUCCUUUCGACCCGCUUGUCCUCUCGAAUCACGCAUCCUCGUGAUUACAGUUUUCGAUCGUUCCUCUCUCCAUUCUCCGCGCUCGUUUUUUCCAUCUCGAACAAGGCUCGCAUUAUCUUUGCGACACAGCGCAUAUUCCCUCAAAUAAAACACCGAUACACGCGGAUUGUUAAUCGCUGGAUACUGAUAUGAUCCAGCUUAUAAGAUAAAUUGUUAUUUUCUCUCGUGUAAUGAUACGAGACAAUUUUCUAAGAAGAAGAGAAAGGAAGGUGAUGUCGUAACGCGUGAAUAACGAUCCAAGUACAGCGUGCGAUCGAGACGGUUCGUCUAUUAAUUCUCGAUUGUAACGUAAAAUUGGUAGAAACGAACGCAGGUGAAACCAUCCAACGUCCACGUUCCCGAUUCGUCGCGGUAUGAUGCAUUUUCACGCGAGCCGCGGAUCAUUUUCGUGCCUCCCCCCUCCCUCCCCUCCUCUUCGCCUCGUUUACUCUCUUUCCGCGUAUUUUUUUCCCUCCUCCCUUCUCCUCCCCUCUCGCGUCGCUCGACAAUGGCACGGAAACGCGAGCGUUUCGUGUCGUGUCACGUCGUGUCGUGUCGUGUCGUGUCGUGUCGUGUCACAUCCUGUUAACGAGACUCGAGAGCACGUCUCUGAACGGAUCUUCUUCCUCUUAACAAUAAAAUCAACCACACCGUCGCGCGUUUCUUGUAUACAAACAAAAUUGAAAAAAAAAGUUGAUACACCCCGAUGGAAAGCGAACGAAUUGACUCGCUAAUGAGACGAAACGACGACCGUAAUUGGGAGGAUCAUCGGGGUGAGAGGAAAAAGGAAAGAGAGAGAGAGAGAAAGAAAGAAAGAAGAGUUUUCGAGAGAAGAAUCCUCGAUUUGUUCGAUUCGAUUCGAUUCGAAUUCCCCCGGAUUUCCCAAAAUUCCAAAUCGUCGAGGAAUUUCCAAGCGAAUUUUCAGUUGGCGCGAGCAAAAGUAACGAUGGUGGAGGGGGAAUGAAGCGAGAAUGAUGAGAUACGCGCGGCAACGGGCAUUGGAUGGAAGAAGGCGGAGGCCGCAAGAGAUCGAUCCCCGAUCUCUGGUGAUUCCCGCGCGAGAGGAGAGAUGUGGAGCGCCGAUACGAGCCGAGAGCCGAUCUAAUCUCGCGGCUGGCCGCCGUUAUCGCCAGUCUCGCGUCAACGGCCGACGGUGUAUCACGCGUUCGUCCCUCGUUCGUGCCGCUAAUUCCAUUCGAUCGAAAUCGCGAGAAAUUGUCGGGCCGAAACACGCGACGUUUCCACGGUGCUCGAUAAAUAAAAUACGCGGUUUGAUCGAUAAUCACCGUGGAGACGAGCGAUAAACUUGAACGACUCGACUUGUUCGUCGCCCCUCUUCCAGGAUCGAGCCUCGAAAUCGGAUAACAGUGGUAUUGUUAAUUCGUUGAGGAAGGAAAAAAGGUAGUAACCUUGAUCGAUCGAUCGAUCCCAAUUAGGGAAAUACGAAAAGUAGACUGCGUUGAUUCAUCGACGCGAAAGAAGGUAACGUGUUAUCGAUUGAUGACGCACAGUUCUUCCACGCUCUUCCGAUAUUAUUAAAUUUUCGUCCGAGGAUUUUUUCCGUUCUAAAGAGUUUUAAAGUUUCUCCAAGCCGUGGCGGAUGCCGCGUUGUCCGGCUCGCGUUUUAUUAAACGCGAUUGCGCAACGCCGUCCGAGUUUUCUUUCGCCACGGUGUGCCCCGACGUCACUUUCUCUUCUCUCGUGGAAAAUUAUUACGUUCCGCAAUUUCCGCCGGACCCGCGGCGCGCCAACCAACGCGCGUAUCCGGUUGGAAUGCAAACGGACGGAUCGUGCAGGUGGUAGAGGUGUGACCGAGCGCUGUGAAACACCGCCGAUUUUGCAAUAACAAACGAUCGAACGUGUUGCUGCCGAGCGAAACGUAGUUUCAAACGUAGCUUGAAAAUCCCGCCAAUCUUCUUCUAUUCGCUUCUUCACACCUGUAUUCGAAGAUAUUUCGAUUUUGAGCUUCCAAAAUUAUUUAUUGGAAACACGAGACCUUCUCUUUUUCGCCUUUGAAAAGCAUAGAUAAUUUUUAAUUUGAUACGAAUCGAUAGGAAAUUAUCGUAAACAAAUUAAUGGAAUUAAUUUUAUUUCGUUGAAAACUUGUCCGAUCCGAUUUUCUCGCGCGAAAUAUUCUCUUAUCGAUAAGUCAGAAAGUUCUAAUCCACAUUUUUCUUCUCGUCGAUUAAAUCGAACGAAAGGAAAACUCUCUCGCGAAGGAGUUUUUUUGCAGCGGUAGAAGCGUUCGAUCCGCGAUUCGAGGAGAGGUGUUGGGUAAACACCGUGGGCGCCCCGACGUGGGCACGUCAUUGGCCUGGAUUUUGCCUAGAAAACUUACCUCGAUCGAUGAUUCUAAUCCAAUAACCGCGACAAAGGAAAAAAAAGACGCAGCCAUUUCCAAAGGUUGCAUCAUUCGUAACAGCAACAGAACGAAACAGGGCCUCGCUACGAUACGAGAUCGCCUUUCGAACAGCGCGAAAGAAUAGCACGGAAGGAUAGCGUGGAUAAUUUCGGUCGAAAAUGGUGCAGCGGAUAGAGAAGGUCGCGUGGGAAAACACGGGUCCACGUGAGGUGAACAGAGGGAAAAAGGAGGACGAGACGAGGCGGUCGUGAAAUCUUGAGAAAAGUGAUACGCGAAAACUAGGUAGUAGUAGUUGGCUCGUCAAACGCAAUUAGGAACGAGGGCGCGAUUGUUCUGCCAUCUAUGGUCGAAGGAUACGCGCGCUCUCAAUGGCCGAAAGGAGAAGUGUCGUAUCCUCGAAUCGUUUUCGUUCAAAGGAACAUCAUCCACGAUAUAUAUAUAUAUAUAUAUGCAUACAUACAUAGAUCGGUCGUCUCUUUUAUUUUCUUCUCGAGAUCUCGAGGGAAGGAAGGAAAUAUAGGAAGGAAUAUUCCGUGGAAAUAUUGCAGAGACUUUUCCAACUUUUCUCGAGGAUCCGAUGUGAAGAAAUUGUAAUUAGGAGUUAAGGAGGGAGAAUCGUGGAGAGGAAGAGAGAAGAUGGUGGUGUCCCGCCGGGAGGGUAGCAUAUCGUCCAACAUACGGGCGAUAAUCGAGCAGCUGAACCUGAAUCCGGUGGAGAGGAGGCGGUUGAUCGACCGGACGAAGCAGGACGGCGCGCGAUGCGUGGUGGGGUACCACCAGGGCGUGCAGCCCGCGGCGAAGAUCAGCAUCGGCGUGUACGGGUGCAAGGAGAAGGUCGGUUACGAGAUACCGGGCGGCGGCCCGAUCAGGCGCGCAGUGUGCAGGCUCGGGCCGGAUCGGUCGAGGCCCAGGCAGGAAGCGGGCCAGCGAAAGAUCUUAGCCCCGAUUAAGAAGGACGGCGCGGCCCGCGAGGAUGCGGCGGUCGAGGAGGAGAAGGCGGAGGAUAAUGGGUUCGGAUCGAUAAGAUCGAUGAGCAAAAUCGAGGAUCGACCGAGACCGAAGCCGGAGAACGGGCGGACGGCGACGAUCCCUCAGGCGAGCCGAGAGCGAUCGGUUCGAGCUGAAGAUGCGAUCGAGGAUAAAGGGUCGGCGAGAUGUUCGACGAGGAUCGAGGAUCGGCAACGCUCGAAGCCGGAGACGAGGCAGAGGAUCCCGCCGUUGAUCAAAGACGCGAUCCCACGAAUCGAGGAGGAGGUGAUCGAGGGCUCAAAAUCGCCCAAGGACACGGUCGAUCGUGUUGUCCCUGUGGCCAAAGAGGAUUUGCCGGAGCUGGAGAGCGCCAGUUUGAGCCACACUGCGGCCCACCACCGAAUUUCAGUCCGGCCUAAAAACCGAAGGCCUCCUAGGAGGAGCGGGUCGCAAGUGGCGAGCACGCCCACGUCGACCAUCACGACGAUAGCGGAGGAUUCGUUGGACAGUCUGCAGACGGCGAGCGCGAACAACAGCAACGCGUCCACGCCGACGGAACCGAAGAACGUGUCGAUCGGGAGGAAAUCGUCGAAUCGGUUGUCGCGCACGUCCGACAUCUUCGAGGAGCUGGAGGCCAAGCUGCCGAGGAAGCCGCCGAGCGUGGCCUCCUUGUCUCCGGACAGCCUGGACGCGGUCGAGAUGAACGACGAGCAAGAAAGCCGGGGAUCGAUCGCGAGGAAAUCGUCGAACCGCACGCCAAAGAAUACGGAGAUGUUCGAGGAGCUGGAAACGAAGCUGCCUAGAAGAAGAUCCGCCUCGAACAGAUCGUCCAAGUCGCCGGACAGUUUGGAGGCGGCCAACGGUUGGUUCUCCAAGUCGACGGAGGGCUUCGAGAAGUUGAUGGAGUACGAGGAGGUGAAACCCGUGACGCGGAGGCUGCUCGGCCCGAUCUCGAAAUCGACCGACCGCGUGUCCAAGUCCUCCGACAGCUUGGAAGCCAUAGAGGCGUUGACCAGCGACGAGUCGAUCGAGCGUAGAAGAAGCAGCUUCGAGCUGCGCGCCCGCAGAUCCUCCAAGAAGAUGUCCAAGUCGUCGGAAAGUUUCGAGAUGUUGGAGCAGAUCGGUACGGAGGGCGUUGUCCAAGAACUUCAGAAGAGGAGCAGCAUCUCGGACAUGAAUCUGUCUCGGGGGAGAAGGUUGUCGAAGAGCAUCUCGAAAUCGUCGGAGGAUUUCGAGAGAAUCGAGAUAAGCGAGUCGAAAGAGGAGGACGCGAGGGAGAGUUUGGGCAAGUGUAGCAGAAGAUCGUCGAAACGGAUGUCGUCCGAAAGCUCUGAUAAUUUGGAUUCGGAGGACAGAUUGGAGAACAGAAGGAUGAGAAGGGCGCCGAAAAGGAUACCGAGCACGAGCUACGUGGAUAUCGUUCCGAUGGACGACCAGGAGGAGGAGAAGAGAGCGGUCACGGGGCAGAGGAAACCGUGCAGACUUCAAAAAUCGUCCGAGAGUUCGGAGCUAGGCAGCACGGAUACUUUAGAUUCCGAGAGGAGGAACAAGUCGUCCGAGAGUACCGAAACUUUGGACAGCUUGGAGAGAGAUUUGGAUCAGGAUAGGAAACAGGAAGAUCUUACGGACACCGUUGCGGAUAGACGCGAGAAGAACGAUCCUUGGACCAAUAAAUCCCUGAUGAUGUCACAUUCGGAUCAAAUGGCGGAUAAUAAUACCGAAGACUCUAAACCGUUGAUCUCGCCUGAUAAAUUCUACUGGCGUCAAUCGUCGGAAUCGAAGGAGAACAUCGAUAUCCAUCAGCUGCUAGCCAUCACUAUAGUUACCAGAAUGGCCGACAACGGCAACAAUCAACGAAGCUCUGUGAUUUAUCCUAAGAAAAAGCAACAAAUCACCACGUCGCAGCCUACCUCGCCAGUCGCUAAGCAGGAAGACAACAAGAUGAUUUUUGACAAUCUCCUCGUUAGCAAGAAUGACGAGGAUUUACAAAAUAUGUUAAACGGUAAUAUAUCCGAAGUGUCUACGGAUACCAAGAGUUUCAAGGAGAAGCUAAUCAUGUUCGAGAAACUCGGAAAAUAAACAUUACACGCAUUCACACGUAUCAACAGAUUUGAUUCAUUUUGGAAGACGAAUAGAAAAAGAAUCGAUGCGGUUAAAAAAAUGAUCAGAAUUAUAUAGAGUCCCCUUUUCUGUAAACUUUUUUAUAUCUGGAUUUUAUUUGUAGACUGAAUGAACCUGUGGAAAUAAUAACGAACGAAGAUGUGUUCGACUGGUUAAAACUACGUAAGAUGGACAAUAAUAUGAAAAUUAUUUACCUUAAAUUUUUAUAACGUUUUUCAUGAAACAUGUCUUCGUUUCAAACUUGUAAACUUGAACAAAAGUAAAGGAAAGAAACAGAAGUGGAAAAUUAUCGGAAUCGAUAUGUAAAAAGAAAAAAAAGAAAAAAAAAAAUUUAAGUUCGCCUGUGGCGAGAAAGUUGUAAGGUUAAACGUGUUUAAACGUAACUAGCUGUAAUUAUUUGCGAUUCGUGUGUUAUUUAACUUCUUCCGUUGCAAUCGUAUUUUGUUUUUUUCUUCUUUUCUUAACAAACUUCACAUACACGAUAAGAUAGCCGAUCAUACAAAAAAAUGCAGUAUUAGGUGGUGCGCGAUAUCGCAAAGCAAUAUACUCGCGCGUCGUGCUUACAAAUUCUUCUCGUGUUAGGAGUUAGUGUUUCUUGUUGUACAGUAGUUUAGAGACGCCAAUAAAUGUCGUGUUUCGUUCCACUGUGUAAAUACAAAGAAGAAAACCCCGUUACAGAAUUAGACACGAUCGCGAACGAAAGAAUACGAAUUUAAAGAAUAUAAAAAAGAGAAUAGAUAAAAAUAGCGUCGACACGUAUUUACAAAGUGUUUAAUGGCCAGGCGAGCCAUAAAACAAACACAGGGUAUGUUGUUAGACAAAAACAUAGUUCGAAAUUAUUCAUAUCUAGAGACGUUAUGGUAAUCUUUGGAAAUUGCUGUCUUUCCAUACUGAUGUAACAAUUUUUACGUCGUUAAAAGUAAUUCGUUUGAAAAAUCAAAAA